CAAACAUCUGGAUGAUGAGCGCGUCACAAGCCACAACCUACAGCUCCUCCACUGUGAGGGAGGGAGGACCAGAGUGAGUUGACUGGUGAUCGAUCAGCCCAACCUAGUCCCAAGAGUGCCCGAAGCUUCAGAGGAAAAAACAACGUGACUGGAAUGGAGUUGGGUCUUCUGCUGUUGAUGCUUUUGACCUUCUUAACGGGAAGCACAUCAGCGGUGCCUGAGCAGUACAGAGCAGUGGAUUGGUUGAGCAGGUAUGGCUACCUUUCUCCUCCUGACCCGCGCACGAGCAAGCUGCAGACCAAAGAGGGGAUUGAGAAAGCCAUCCGUGUCAUGCAGAGAUUCGGCGGGGUCCCGGAAACCGGGGUGCUCGAUAAUGAAACCCUCAAACUCAUGGCUACGCCUCGAUGUUCUCUCCCUGAUAUUGUUGGGAACGAGGACAUGCUGAGGAGGAGGAGGAGAAGGAAAAGAUACGCCCUGUCAGGCCUCAAGUGGCAUAAGACAGACCUCACGUGGAGUGUCCACAGCUACCCAUCGCCCUCCCUCUCACCCAGCCUGCCUAGCAACUUAGUGGACAGCAUCCUGACUCGCGCCUUCAAAGCCUGGAGCGACGCGGCCCCCUUGAGUUUCCGUCGGCUGCCGACUGACAGCAGGGGGGCGGCAACCGGAGGGGACAUCAGAGUGACUUUUGCCCGCUUGCUUCACGACGACGGGUACCCUUUUGAUGGGCAGGGUGGCACCCUGGCCCACGCCUUCUUCCCCGGCAGGGAUGAUGUGGCGGGUGACACACACUUUGACGAUGAUGAGCUCUGGAGCUAUGGAGGUCUCGACAGCACCAUAGACUUGUUCGCAGUUGCAGUGCACGAGUUUGGCCACUCGCUGGGCCUGUCCCAUUCCUCUUCUGAUCCGUCCAUCAUGAGGCCAUACUACCAGGGUCCUGUGGGAGACGUUCAAAACUUCCAACUGGCCCUAGACGACAGGCUUGCCAUUCAGCAGCUUUACGGUGUGAAGGAUGGCGGAACACCAGGAGGUGUUGAUCCGGACCUCCCACGCCUGCCCAGUCCACCUCCUCCAAGACCGACACAGCCUUCUGACCCCUCAGUCCACGAGCGCUGUCAGGGAGGCUUUGACGCGGUGGCAAAUAUCAGAGGAGAGGUCUUCUUUUUUAAAGGUGCACACUUCUGGAGAACUAAGCAAGACGGGUCUUUGGAGUCCUCGAAUCCGGCUCAGAUCAAAAACUUCUGGAUGGGCCUCCCGCCAGGAACAAACAAGGUGGACGCCGUGUACGAGAGGAAGAGCGACAGCAGAAUCGUCUUCUUUAUUGGUUCUCAGUACUGGGUCUUCAAGGACACGGUGGCUAUGGAUGGCUACCCUCGGCCAAUCUCCGAAUGGGGGAUGAGGACAAAGAGCGGGACGCCGGUGGACAGAGUGGAGGCAGCCUUCAUCUGGGCCCACAACGGCAAGACCUACCUGUUCAGCGGUGGGGAGUUUUGGAGGUUUGACGAGAGCCGUAAGGGCGAACAGGUGACCAAACAGCCGGAGCCGGGCUACCCGAAGCUGAACAGCCUCUGGGGAGGAGUGCCCACCCACAUGGAUGACAUCAUCAGCUGGGGAGAAGGAGACGCCCACUUCUUCAAGGACAACCUCUACUGGGUGCUGAAGAACGGAAGAAUGAACCAAGACAGCGUCACUCCUAAAUCCAUCGCCGUAGACUGGCUCAGAUGUCCAGCUCCGCCUGCGACCUCCGCUCCUCGAAGCCCGAAUGAGUGCCACUGUGACUUGAAGGGAUCAUCUUCAUCUCUAAGAAGCAGCUGGCUCCUACUGAUCUCUGUUAUAUUGGUAAUUCAUGAAUUUAUUAGAAAAUAGACACCGGAGUUUGGAAUUUGUGAAACCAAGUGGCUGUUUUUGUACUACUUCCCUUGUUCCACUGGAGGGUAAUAGAGGCUCUUUACAUCAUGGUACACCCACAGUGCAUCACAACCCACAUGCUGGUUUCAAAUGACAAACUAGUGUCAUAAAAAUGUUAAAUAUGCGCCUUUAGCAUAAGGCCUUUGUUACUGUAAAUACUUUGCCUUAUCAGAACAUAUUGCUGACCCGUGAAAGCAGUACAUUUUGUCUCCAUCCUGCUAUAGAAUUUCACCCCCUCCUUUCUGUAGAGUAAGUAUUGGAUUACAUGGAGCCUGUAUAGGAGAAUGCAUGGAAAUUCAACAAAGAUAUCCAGCACACACCGGGGUACUCCCAACCCACAUAAUAAGGUCUUACACCACAACCUCACUGUAUGUUUGGACAGUUAACAGACCACACAAACAUAGCGAAGUGCAAUUUCUUUAUCAGAGCUAUUUUUUUUUUCAAUCCAGAGUAGAUUUGUGCAUAUACAUAUACACAAUACCAACAGAAAUAUGAUACAUUAAACUUUCACACUGUGUUGUGGUUUGUUGUUUCCCCAUUUUUUAUAUUUUUUUGUUUUGAUGUCAUGCAUGUAAAUGAUUUUCACUCACGGACACAUAAGAAAAAUCCCCUUUUUGUUGACAAUCGAGCUGAUAUUAUUGUGCUUGACAGACUGUAUUAUUGCAACAGUUCUGCAAACAGAGAUGUGGACUCACAGAGCAAUUGAAUGCAGUCAAUCUUUUACUCAGUAAGAGAUCAAAGCAGGGCGGGGGCGUAUCUGAAAUGACAGGAGGUGUUGAUGUCUAAAAAAACUGGAAAGAGACCAAAACUGCAAAGUGUUGCAGUCACAAGUAGCCAUUGUGACAGUUAUACACAUUCAAGCUUCAUUUUUAGUUAUUUGAAAUUGAUUUAAUUGCUGUGUAAUAAAACAAUGAUUGUA